AUGGCGAAGGGUAAGAAGAGAAAGCAAAUUCCGGAGGUGUUAUGGAGGCUUUUCCACAAGAAUGCCCGCACACUCUCGGAUACUGUAAUGUCGUUGCUCCCGUCGCCGCCGCGGGCGGUGGCUGAUUGUCAAUGCGAAGGGCGGCGCUGCCUUGGCUGUACCGGCGAUAAAGCGAUGGCGUAUUUGAUUAGGCCAAAAGAUCCCGCCGAUUACCGGAAAUUACUCAAUCAGUGCUUCGUUGUCAUUCCUGACCAAGCUCCUCCUUUUACUAGCUUCGAUCCCCACAAUCGCUGGUCGCAACUUGAGACUGUGAGAAGAACUAUUGAAAUGAUUAGCCGUGAACAACCUUCAUCCUCAAAUGUUCUAUGCAUUGGCUAUGAUAAGACCAACCGCCAGAGUUCCAUGGUAGAACAUCUGACCUCCUCCGCAUGGUGUCUCCUCUUGAGAAGGGUUGGGGACAAUCUUAUGGUUUAUUUACUGAGAUAUGCAUUAAUAUUUUUGCCUUUUCCUCCAAGGAAACAUCAUCAAGUUGCAGGCUUUCCCAUCAGUAAUUUGUGCAUGGGAUUCUUAAAACAUUCAUCUAAAUUUAGAACCUAUCCCUCGAAGUUCAAUCUUGGAUCUGGGAAGAAAAGGAAAAGAGUGGAUGGGACACAUGGGAUAGAGAAUCCGGCAAGGCCUAGCCAUCUUGAUAAUGACCUUUCUUCAAGUUCUUCUAGUUGUAUUGGUUGUAGUGGUGGAAAUAGUUUUGCUCCAUCAAGUAGGUGCUGCCGGCAAAAGCUCUUUGAAAAGACUGAGAUUCAUAGGACUGAAAUACCUCCUGGAGCUGAGUGUUUAUCAAAUGAAGCAUCUUUCCCAGGGAAUUUCUGUGAGAACUCAACCCGUGUUUUGACAUCGAAGAAGCGCAAGAGGAAGUACAGUUGGCAGCGACACAGAAAGCCCAGGAAUUUGUGCUCUCAGGAGAGUGUUCUAUUGGUUCCUUGCAGGGGUAGCCAUAAAGACAAAGAUAACUCAUGUGCAGGGCCUCAAUAUGGAGUUGAAACUAAUUCAGGUUUUUACUCUCAGAAGGGAAGUUGCUCUUGCUGUUUAGUGUUUGGAACCCUUUCUAAGGUCAGUAGAAAAUCUCUGAUUGACAGGCAAACCAUCUUCUAUAAGGCGGAGAAUUCCCCAUCCAUUUUCCCAAGGAAGCAUAUUUUGAAUUCAGUGAAGUCAAAUUAUUCAGGUGCAAAAGUUCUAUUUAAAGAUAUUUUUGGUUCUUCAGAUAAUUAUUUGACUGAUCCCUCAGUUCUAUGUGUUCAUGGCACCAAAUCUUGUUUCAUCAAAUCUCCAUGCCUGUAUCACUCACUCAUGAAGCAGCUAAAAAUUCUUAUACGCAAUGUCAAGGGUUGUCAACCUAAGAGUUUGUUGGAAAAACAUUGUGGUAUGUCAUCUUUGGAGCAACAUGUCAAAACAUCCAAAGUGUUUCAGGGAAGUGAAUCUGGGGGACUUAUGCAUAACAAGAAUCAGACUUUGCAUGCUUUGGAUCUUUCCUCUAAGAAGUUCACUCGAACAAAUUCAGAAAGUUGCACGAAGAUUCCAAAGGCCCAUGACCAAUUACAGUCAAGCAUGGGGUACUGUCUUAAAAAGCAGGUUGUCUCAUUUAUAUGGGCUGUCUGUCGGAGUAUAGUACCGCAAGAUCUGCUUGGCAGUCCCUAUAAUUGGAGAAUUCUGAGGAAAAACAUAUCCAAGUUUGUUUCCCUUCGAAAAUUUGAAAAGUUCUCUUUGAAACAGUGCACUCACAAGUUAAAAAUAUCCAAGUUUCCACUGUUAUCCAAUAAGCACUCCUUAUGUUAUGUUUGCAACAAUGACUUUACCUGUGAUCAGAGGGAUAGUCCAGUUAUGCUCCAGAAUUCUAACAAGAAAAAUUCUGCCGACGUAGUGAGACACAAAUUGUUACAAUGCUGGAUACUAUGGUUCUUUUCUCGUUUGGUGGUUCCGUUGAUGGAAGCUAACUUUUAUAUAACAGAAAGUGAAAAUGGGAAACAAGAGGUGUAUUAUUACAGGAUGAAUGUUUGGCAGAAGCUGAAGGACCAAGCUUUGGGUAGCCUCGAAGAUGGAGGGUAUCACAAAUUAACUGAUGCAUCUGUCCAUGACAUUAUCAGAUACAGAUCAUUUGGUUUCUCAAAAAUCAGAUUUCGUCCAAGGGAUACAGGUUUCAGGGUAUUGGCAAACCUAAGAGCACCAUCUAGAAUUCCUUUUAAGUCCUUCGAUCCAAGAAAUGUGAAAUACAAGUAUUAUAAGUCUGUGAACAAUGUUCUCCAAGGUGUGCAUGCGGUGCUUAAGGGUAUACAACUGAAAGAACCAGAGAAAUUAGGUUCAUCAGUUUUUGAUUACACAGAUGUUUAUAAAAGAUUUGUACCUUUUGUGAAUAGUCUGAAGCGCGGAUCUUCCACUAUGCCUGCUGUUUAUGUCAUUGUAUCAGAUGUCUCAAAGGCUUUUGACUCUAUUGACCAGAAUAGAUUGCUCAAUGUUAUGGAGGAUGUGAUAUCACUCGAUGCAUAUCCUCUAAGCAAGUCUCUGCAAGUUGGCUGCACAAGAAAAUCUUUCAUGGUUUGCCAGAAUCUGAUGUUACCGCUUCAAGAACCUAACAGUCGGUGCUCUGCAUCUCCAAGUCCUGUACCCAUCAGCACUCCACAUGGUAUCCUGGUGAAAGAGGAACCCAGUGGAAAGAUGAAGAAGUCAGAGAUUUUCUCUCAUUUGAAGGAAUACAUCAAGCAUAAUGUUCUUCAGUUUGAUAGAAAGUUUUACUUGCAGAAAAUUGGUAUCUCUCAAGGAUGUGUUCUAUCUUCUUUGCUCUGUUCGUUUUACUAUGGACAUCUAGAGAGGAAUGUAAUAUUCCCUUUUCUUGAGAAAACUGGUCAGAUGGCUAAUGGAGAUAUUUUUGAACAACCUCUUUAUCGCUCAUCAGCUUCAGAUAUCCAUCCUCAAGAUGGAACUUUCGUCCAAAACUGUGAAUAUCUGCUCCUUAGGUUUAUUGAUGACUUCCUUUUCAUAUCGACAUCAAAGAAGCAGGCCUUAUUGUUCUUCUUGCAGUUGCAAAGAGGAUAUCGUGAAUACAAUUGUUAUAUGAAUGAAAGAAAAUUUGGUCUCAAUUUCGAGAUUGACAACUUAGCCGGACUUGAGCCAAAUCGACUCUAUGUAGGUAAAGAUGGAAUGUCAUUUCUUCGAUGGAGUGGAUUGCUUGUUAAUUGCUCCACGUUAGAAAUUCAGGCAGACUACUCAAGAUACCUCAAUUGUCAUCUGAGUACAUCUCUCACUAUCAGCUGGAACGAUCACCCAGCCCGUCUGUUAAAGUCCAAGUUAUCUGAUUAUCUGCGACCAAAAUGCCAUCCCAUGCUCUAUGAUGCUAAUAUCAAUUCAGCUGCAGUGGUCAGGCUAAACAUAUAUCAAGUCUUUUUGCUGAGUGCCAUGAAGUUCAACUGUUAUGUCUGCAACUUCUCCGAUAUAUCUGCUUUCAGCACCGAGUGCUGCAUUGAUGCAAUUGAGACAUCUUUGAGGUACAUGCACAAGCUCAUCAAGAGAAGGAUGCAUGUUUUGCAGAGCAAUACAGACUUUCGUCCGAUCUUCAAAGUAGGAAAGAAGGAAGUGAAGUGGCUAGGAUUAACUGCCUUUAUUCGAGCUCUAUCAAGAAAGCAGUCACGUUACAGGGAGCUUCUUUCGAUGUUGAGGUCUAAGUUAAAUGCACUUGGAGAAGCUGACAUAUCGACUUCGUUGAAGUAUGCUGUUGAUGAUGCAAAUUCCUCUGUACUAUGGAAAAUUAAGUACUGA